AUUUUUUUUUUUCACAGAAUAAGACCACAGCUUGCCAAAGAAAGAAUUGAAGGAUGCCAUAUUUGUACAUCUGUCACUCCAGGAGAACCUCAGGUCUUCCUAGGGAAAGAUAAAGCUUUCACUUUUGAUUAUGUGUUUGACCUUGACUCCCAGCAAGAGCAGAUCUACACUCAAUGUAUAGAAAAACUAAUUGAAGGUUGUUUUGAAGGCUAUAAUGCUACCGUUUUUGCUUAUGGACAGACUGGAGCUGGCAAAACAUACACAAUGGGAACAGGAUUUGAUGUUAACAUCAUUGAAGAAGAACAGGGUAUUAUUUCUCGUGCUGUUAAACACCUUUUCAAGGGUAUUGAAGAAAAGAAACACACUUCAAUUAAAAAUGGACUUCCUCCUCCAGAUUUUAAAGUGAAUGCCCAGUUCUUAGAGCUAUAUAAUGAAGAGGUUCUUGACUUAUUUGAUACCACUCGUGAUAUUGAUGCAAAAAAUAAAAAAUCAAAUAUAAGAAUUCAUGAAGAUUCAGCUGGAGGAAUUUAUACUGUGGGCGUCACAACACGUACUGUGAACACAGAAUCAGAGAUGAUGCAGUGUUUGAAGCUGGGUGCCUUAUCCCGGACCACUGCUAGUACUCAGAUGAAUGUUCAGAGCUCUCGUUCUCAUGCCAUUUUUACCAUUCACUUGUGUCAGACCAGAAUGUGUCCCCAAAUAGAUGCUGAAAACGCAACUGAUAAUAAGGUGAUUUCUGAAUCAUCCCAGAUGAAUGAAUUCGAAACUCUGACUGCAAAGUUCCAUUUUGUUGAUCUGGCAGGAUCAGAAAGACUGAAGCGUACUGGAGCGACUGGCGAGAGGGCAAAAGAAGGCAUUUCCAUCAACUGUGGACUUUUGGCACUUGGCAAUGUGAUAAGUGCAUUAGGAGACAAGAGCAAGAGGGCCACUCACGUUCCCUAUAGAGACUCUAAGCUGACAAGACUACUGCAGGAUUCUCUUGGGGGUAAUAGCCAAACAAUCAUGAUAGCAUGUGUCAGCCCUUCAGACAGAGAUUUUAUGGAAACUUUGAAUACCCUGAAAUAUGCCAAUCGAGCUAGAAAUAUCAAGAACAAGGUGAUGGUCAAUCAGGACAGAGCUAGUCAGCAGAUCAAUGCACUCCGUGGUGAGAUCACACGGCUUCAGAUGGAGCUCAUGGAGUACAAAACAGGUAAAAGAAUAAUCAAUGAAGAGGGUGUGGAAAGCAUCAACGACAUGUUCCAUGAGAACGCUAUGCUGCAGACUGAAAAUAACAACCUGCGUGUAAGAAUUAAAGCCAUGCAGGAGACAGUUGAUGCACUGAGGGCCAGAAUCACACAGCUCGUUAGCGAUCAGGCCAAUCAAGUCCUUGCCAGAGCAGGUGAAGGGAAUGAGGAGAUUAGUAAUAUGAUUCACAGUUAUAUUAAAGAAAUUGAAGAUCUCAGGGCCAAAUUAUUAGAAAGUGAAGCAGUGAAUGAGAACCUUCGAAAAAAUUUGACAAGAGCCACAGCAAGAUCACCGUAUUUCAGUGGAUCAUCAGCUUUCUCUCCUAUAGUCUCCUCAGACAAAGAGACCAUUGAAAUUAUAGAUCUAGCUAAGAAAGAUUUAGAGAAGCUGAAAAGAAAAGAAAAGAAGAAGAAAAAAAGGCUACAGAAACUUGAGGAAAGCAAUCGAGAAGACAGAAGUGUGGCUGGUAAAGAGGAUACUAUAGACACUGACCAAGAGAAGAAAGAAGAAAAGGGUAUUUCAGAAAAAGAAAGCAGUGAGUUAGAAGUUGAAGAAAGUCAAGAAGUGAGUGAUCAUGAAGACGAGGAAGAGGAAGAGGAGGAGGAGGAAGAUGACAUAGAAGGGGGUGAAAGCUCCGAUGAAUCAGAUUCCGAAUCAGAUGAAAAAGCCAAUUAUCAAGCAGACUUAGCAAACAUUACUUGUGAAAUUGCAAUCAAGCAAAAGCUGAUUGAUGAACUAGAAAACAGCCAGAGAAGACUGCAGACCCUGAAAAAACAAUAUGAAGAGAAGCUAAUGAUGCUGCAACAUAAAAUUCGGGACACUCAGCUUGAAAGAGACCAGGUGCUUCAAAACUUAGGCUCAGUGGAAUCUUACUCAGAAGAAAAGGCAAAAAAAGUUAGGUCAGAAUAUGAAAAAAAACUGCAAGCCAUGAAUAAAGAACUACAGAGACUUCAGACAGCUCAGAAAGAGCAUGCAAGGUUACUAAAAAAUCAGUCCCAAUACGAAAAGCAAUUGAAGAAAUUACAGCAGGAUGUGAUGGAAAUGAAAAAAACAAAGGUUCGCCUAAUGAAACAAAUGAAAGAAGAACAAGAAAAAGCCAGGCUGACAGAGUCUAGAAGAAACAGAGAGAUUGCUCAGUUGAAAAAGGAUCAGCGUAAAAGAGAUCAUCAACUUAGACUCCUGGAAGCCCAAAAAAGAAACCAAGAAGUGGUUCUUCGUCGCAAAACGGAAGAGGUCACAGCUCUUCGUCGGCAAGUAAGGCCCAUGUCAGAUAAAGUUGCUGGGAAAGUCACUCGGAAGCUGAGCUCAUCUGAUAGCCCUGUUCAGGACACAGGUCCCAGUGCCACUGCCAUGGAAACAGAUGCAUCGCGGGCUGGAGCCCAGCAGAGGAUGAGAGUUCCCGUGGCAAGAGUCCAGGCCUUACCAACUCCCACAACAAACGGAACCAGGAAAAAAUAUCAGAGGAAAGGACUGACCGGCAGAGUGUUUAUUUCCAAGACCGCCCGCAUGAAGUGGCAGCUUCUUGAACGAAGAGUCACAGACAUCAUCAUGCAGAAAAUGACCAUUUCCAAUAUGGAGGCCGAUAUGAAUAGGCUCCUCAAGCAACGGGAAGAACUCACAAAAAGACGAGAGAAACUUUCAAAAAGAAGGGAAAAGAUAAUCAAGGAGAGUGGAGAGGGAGAUAAAAGCGUGGUUAACAUCAGUGAGGAGAUGGAGUCAUUAACGGCUAAUAUAGAUUACAUCAAUGACAGUAUUUCUGAUUGUCAAGCCAACAUCAUGCAGAUGGAAGAAGCAAAGGAAGAAGGAGAAACGUUGGAUGUCACUGCGGUCAUCAAUGCUUGCACACUAACAGAAGCCCGGUACCUGCUGGAUCACUUCCUGUCAAUGGGCAUCAAUAAGGGUCUUCAGGCUGCCCAGAAGGAGGCUCAAAUUAAAGUACUUGAAGGUCGGCUUAAGCAAACUGAAAUAACCAGUGCUACGCAAAACCAGCUCUUAUUCCACAUGUUGAAAGAGAAAGCAGAAUUAAAUCCUGAGCUAGAUGCUCUACUCGGCCACGCUUUACAAGAUCUAGAUAGCGUACCGUUAGAAAAUGUAGAGGACAGCACUGAUGACGAUGUUCCUUUACACAGCCCAGGAUCAGAAGGCGGCUCACUGUCUUCAGACCUUAUGAAGCUUUGUGGUGAAGUGAAGCCAAAAAGCAAGGCUCGAAGGAGAACCACCACUCAAAUGGAAUUGCUGUAUGCAGAUAGCAGUGAACUAGCUUCAGACACUAGUGCAGGAGAUGCCUCCUUGCCUGGCCCUCUUACACCUGUCGCAGAAGGGCAAGAGAUUGGAAUGCAUACUGAGACCAGUACUUCUGCUAGGGAAAAAGAGCUCCCUCCCCCAUCUGGCUUCCCUUCUAAGAUAGGCAGCAUUUCCAGACAGUCAUCUCUGUCAGAAAAAAAACUACCAGAGCCUUCCCCCGUAGCGAGGAGAAAGGCGUAUGAGAAAGCAGAAAAACCAAAGACCAAGGAGCACAAGCACUCAGAUUCUGGAGCCUCAGAGGCUAGCCUUUCACCUCCGUCUUCCCCACCGAGCCGGCCCCGUAAUGAGCUGAAUGUUUUUAAUCGUCUCACUGUUUCUCAGGGACACACAUCAGUUCAGCAGGAUAAGGGCAUAAUCAACCCAUUUCCCGCUUCAAAAGGAAUCAGAACGUCCCCCCUUCAGUGUGUGCACAGAGCUGAAGGGCACACAAAAGCUGUGCUCUGUGUGGAUGCUACUGAUGAUCUUCUCUUCACUGGAUCAAAAGAUCGUACUUGUAAAGUAUGGAAUCUGGUGACUGGGCAGGAAAUAAUGUCACUGGGGGGUCAUCCCAACAAUGUCGUAUCUGUGAAAUACUGUAAUUAUACCAGUUUGGUCUUCACAGUGUCCACAUCUUAUAUUAAGGUGUGGGAUAUCAGAGAUUCAGCAAAGUGCAUUCGAACGCUAACGUCUUCAGGUCAAGUUACUAUUGGAGAUGCUUGUUCUGCAAGUACCAGCCGGACAGUUGCUAUUCCUUCUGGGGAAAACCAGAUCAAUCAGAUUGCACUAAACCCAACUGGCACCUUCCUCUACGCAGCUUCUGGAAAUGCAGUCAGAAUGUGGGAUCUUAAAAGGUUUCAGUCCACAGGAAAGUUAACAGGACACCUAGGCCCUGUUAUGUGUCUUAUUGUAGAUCAGAUUUCCAGCGGACAAGACCUAAUCAUCACCGGUUCCAAGGAUCACUACAUCAAAAUGUUUGAUGUAACUGAAGGCGCUCUUGGAACUGUGAGUCCCACCCACAAUUUCGAGCCCCCUCAUUAUGAUGGCAUUGAAGCACUAACCAUGCAAGGGGAUAACCUCUAUAGUGGGUCCAGAGACAAUGGAAUCAAGAAAUGGGAUCUAGCUCAAAAAGACCUUCUACAGCAAGUUCCGAACGCACACAAGGAUUGGGUCUGUGCCCUGGGAAUGGUGCCAGGCCACCCCGUUCUGCUCAGUGGCUGCAGAGGGGGCAUUUUGAAACUCUGGAACAUGGAUAACCUUGUGCCAGUCGGAGAGAUGAAAGGUCAUGAUAGCCCUAUCAAUGCCAUCUGUGUUAAUUCCACCCACGUCUUUACUGCAGCUGAUGAUCGAACUGUGAGAAUUUGGAAGGCUCGGAAUUUGCAAGAUGGCCAGAUGUCUGACACAGGCGAUCUGGGGGAAGAUAUUGCCAGCAGUUAAACAACGAAGAGAGUCAUAAACUGAAUAUUGCGAUCACGCUCUCUGUGCUCUUUAUGGAAAAUGUCGCCCUGCAUUUAUUAGGCAAAAUUGUUAAUGGGAUUAACUGAGAAGUAUACCUGAGUCCAACUGCUGAAUAUUAAUGGUAUUAUUGGUAUUAAUGGUAAAAUUGUGUACUAUCCUGUGUGCUUAAUUUUAAUAUCUACCAAUGCGUAUAUAUCCUAUAAUUGAUAUACUGCUUGAUUCGCACUUGUAUCGUGGCUGGAUUUUUGUGCCUAGCUAUUAAAAAAACACCUUCAAAUUAUCUGAAAUACAAGAUAUCUGCUUUUUGUGACAGUCAGAAAAUACACCUGGAAUACAGUGUGACCCCCUGUUAACUCAUUCAUAUAGUCUGUUCAGCUGAUUUACAUAUUUAAACAUGUUGAGAAUGUUAGUCAAACUGUGGUCUGCUUGUCUAGUAUUUAUAUCAGUCUACAGAGGGUUCCCAAAUUUGAAAGCUCUUUUGAUGUCAUGGAAAAGAGAUGUGAGAGUAGUAUCGAUGAUGAUUUUUCAUAAAGUGGAGUUGACCUUAAUCUACUAACACAGAAUGUUAAACAGUUUGUGUUAAACCUUGGUGUUUACUUGUAUUGACCAAAGUUUUGCAGCUGAGCUCUACUCUGUGCUCAGGACUAAAAUGCUGUUAAACUGUUUCGUUAGUGCAUACGUUCUGUGAUGGGAAACAUUUUUUGAUGUCCUAACAGAAAUAUAUUUUGAUCUAUUUUCCUAUGGAGUUGUUUCUAUUAUCACCUUUUCAUUUCACUUUUAUUUAAUAGUAGUAUUUCUUUCCCUUUUUAUCUAAUUUUUUAUAUGCUGCUAAAUAUAUUUUAAGUAUAAUGUGUUUGCAAACCUUGGUAGCCAUGAUGAGAACUGUAUUAUCUGUAGUAGGAAAAGCUAUGUAAAUAGGGUAGAUUGUAAAGAGAGAAUGUCAUGUUGUAACUGUAUGAAUUUUUAAAUGCUGUAGAUUGGAUUUUGGAAAAGAAUGUGUAAUUUAUCUGUCUGCUCAGAAUAAUUAAUUUGUAAAUUCUGCGAGUUUAAUUUUUAUGUGGAUGAUGUGACACUUGAAAAUAUUGUCUUGUGAUUUUUUUUUCCCUGAAAAUAUUUGCUUGUAAAUGAAAGCUUAGCGAGGGCUUCAAUAAACAUACUGCUAUGAAUUA